GGUGCCUCACCAAUACCGGAUAUGCAUUCAGAGCUCCCUGCUAGCCGACAGCCUCAAACGAACAGGUGCAGGGAGGGAUUGCACAUCAAGAGCUCGGACAGCUCUGCGACACCGAGAUGCAGGCGUAAUCGGAUGGAAGGUUGCGGCAUCGAGAAAGGAUGGCCGUCAAGCCCAAGACCUUGAAACAUGCCCCGGCCUAGUCCCGCUACGCAGUACCGGCACCCGCUUCAAGCAAUGAUACAAGCCUGAAGAAAAGGAGAGAGAAAGCUUCGGAGAAAGUAAAGAUAUUUCCGGGGGCGUUUGGUUGGUAUUGUGUGGUGUGGGAGACGUGAGGAGUAUUGGUCGUCGAGGGGGGCUUCACCCUUUUUCUUCUGCCACUUCAUCCGAGUCAACAACAACACCAGCAUAUCCCUCGGCGAUGCUGAAGAAAGCAUCUAUGGAUGUUCUUUGAGACAUCAAGAUCUUCAAAAGACAAUCCACAUUUUUAAGCUUGUUUGCAAACGCGUGGCAUGCCAGGUGCACACCAUCUUAUCCUGGCCUUGGAGGGCGCCUCGAGACGAUCCGGGUCCUGCCGCACGUGGGGAAUCGUACGAUUUUUUUGAACGCCAGACAGCACCGAGAGGCACUGAGCCAGACCCUCGGGACAGCUGCUGGGUAUAAGAGUUUCGUGGAUUGACACCGCCGAAUAAAUCCAGAGUCAGCCAGCAAACGAAGUGGAGAGGAUCUUGAGUAGUUCUGCAGGGCACACCUGUGUCAUGGUGAGCCUCUUCAGAUGAAAGAAGGUCUGAGAGAUUAGCAAUUAUGGCAGUGGACUCUACUUAGUACUGUACUAUGGGCUUCUCGUGGGGUACAGUUUCGUAGUCUGAGAGGCUAUGAUGGGGCAUAUGUUAGUGUAGAAUCGACGUGCCAUAGUCUCUCUCCCCGGGUCGCUAUCAACGGUGAGGAGCGGCGUCUGGCAGGUCACGCGCGGUGAGAGAUAAAGUGCUUGCAUUGGCGUGGCUCGGCUUGCGUGGCAGUUUCUGGUGAGAAUGGAGAUUCCACGCAAACCUGCUGGACUGAGGUGUGUGGUGUGGCUGAGCAUAUCGCGACACGAGUGCUGUGGCGGGGCUUAUUACUGAAAUGGGCUGCUGUGAUUGGGCAGCUCCCUCCACUGCCCGCCAACAGCAACAACCCCACCAAUUUCUGGCGGGCUUUCGUCACUGUCAGGCACCACUGCACACUGUCAAGGAUCCUCGGACUUUGGGAAAAGGAGACAAGGCACUUGUGGAAAGCAGCUGCUAACUACUUUCCAAACACCACCACUUCCUUUGCAACAUCUUCCAAGCCACUACGGGACUCGCCCAUUGCCCCUAUUACUGUUGUCCGCGCAUCUUGCGGCCCUGCCCUGACGGCCCGCAACCGUGAUCAUUCUUACAAUCCAACCCCGUCUCCUGGCGUUUCGAGUCGCAUCUGCAUGACACGCCCACCAUGGGUAUAACGAGACGCGCGAAAGACAAGGCUGCGCGGGCCGAGCGCUCUGCUGGCGGAGCCUCCAGCUCAGCCAAGCCAAAGAAGGCGACGUACGACACCACCAAGAAGAAGGAAAUUGGUGUCUCCGACUUGACCCUGUUGCGUACCGUGUCGAACGAGGCCAUCAACGACAAUCUCAAGCAACGAUUCGAGGGCGGUCAGAUCUACACCUACAUUGGCCAUGUGUUGGUAUCCGUCAACCCCUUUCGGGAUCUCGGUAUCUACACCGACCAGGUCCUCAACAGCUAUCGGGGAAAAAACAGACUGGAGAUGCCACCACAUGUGUUCGCUAUUGCCGAAUCUGCCUACUACAACAUGAAGGCCUACAAGGAGAACCAGUGUGUGAUUAUCUCGGGUGAAUCUGGUGCUGGCAAGACAGAGGCGGCCAAGCGCAUCAUGCAGUACAUCGCGAACGUCUCGGGGGGUGAGGCAGGAGGAGAUAUUCAACAGAUCAAGGACAUGGUUUUGGCUACCAAUCCUUUGCUCGAAUCGUUUGGUAACGCAAAGACACUGCGGAACAACAACUCUUCUCGGUUUGGAAAGUACUUGCAAAUCCAUUUCAACGCACAGGGUGAACCAGUUGGCGCCGACAUCACCAACUACCUCCUCGAGAAGUCGCGCGUCGUGGGUCAGAUUACCAACGAGCGCAACUUUCACAUUUUCUACCAGUUCACCAAGGGCGCCUCUGAGAACUACCGCCAAAUGUUUGGCAUCCAAAAGCCAGAAACAUACCUCUACACCAGCAAAUCAAAGUGCUUCAAUGUGGACGGAAUUGAUGAUUUGGCCGAGUACCAGGAUACGCUCAACGCCAUGAAAAUAAUUGGCCUUUCCCAAGCAGAACAGGACAACAUUUUCCGCAUGUUGGCCGCCAUUUUGUGGACGGGCAACCUGGUGUUCCGGGAAGGCGAUGAUGGCUAUGCGACUGUCUCUGACCAGUCUGUGGUGGACUUUUUGGCCUAUCUCCUCGAAGUUGAUCCGGCGAAACUUGUACACGCCAUCACCAUUCGCAUUCUGACACCACGGAACGGUGAAGUAAUCGAAUCGCCUUCGAACGUGGCCCAGGCAACGGCUACCAGAGAUGCCUUGGCCAAGGCCAUUUACAACAACUUGUUUGACUGGAUCGUGGAACGGAUUAAUCAGUCUCUGAAAGCGAGACAAGCUACUUCCAACUCCAUUGGCAUUCUCGAUAUUUAUGGGUUCGAAAUCUUUGAGAAGAACAGUUUCGAACAACUUUGCAUCAACUACGUCAACGAAAAGCUACAACAGAUCUUCAUUCAGCUCACACUCAAGGCCGAGCAGGAGGAGUACGCGAGAGAGCAGAUCAAGUGGACACCCAUCAAGUAUUUUGACAACAAGAUUGUGUGCGAUCUCAUCGAGUCUGUCAGGCCUCCGGGAAUCUUUUCUGCCAUGAAGGACGCCACCAAGACUGCCCACGCCGACCCUGCCGCUUGCGAUCGCACCUUCAUGCAGAGCAUCAACGGCAUGUCGAAUGCCCAUCUCACUCCUCGCCAGGGCAACUUCAUCAUCAAGCACUAUGCUGGUGAUGUGACAUAUACCGUGGACGGCAUCACUGACAAGAACAAGGAUCUCCUUCUCAAGGGCCUCCUGAACAUGUUCCAAGCCAGUCAGAAUCGUUUUGUACACGAGCUCUUCCCCAACCAGGUUGACCAAGACAACAGAAAGCAACCCCCAACAGCCGGUGAUAGGAUCAAGACUUCGGCCAACGCCUUGGUGGAUACGCUCAUGAAAUGUCAGCCAUCGUACAUCCGCACUAUCAAGCCCAACGAGAACAAGUCGCCCACCGAGUACACCGUCCCCAAUGUUUUGCAUCAGAUCAAGUACCUUGGUUUGCAGGAGAACGUACGAAUUCGUCGUGCUGGUUUUGCAUACCGUCAGUCUUUUGAAAAGUUUGUGGAUCGAUUCUUCCUGCUGUCGCCUGCCACCUCGUACGCUGGCGAGUACACGUGGGAGGGCUCGUAUGAAGCGGCGACCAAACAGAUCCUGAAGGACACUAGUAUUCCGCAGGAGGAAUGGCAGCUUGGUGUUACAAAGGCCUUUAUCAAGUCCCCCGAGACUCUCUUUGCCCUUGAACAUAUGCGCGAUCGGUACUGGCACAACAUGGCAACCCGUAUCCAGCGCAUGUGGCGUGCAUAUCUGGCAUACAGGGCAGAGGCUGCUACCCGUAUCCAGCGAUUCUGGAGAAAGAAGCGGGUCGGUGCCGAAUAUCUGCAGCUCCGGGAUGAAGGCCACAAGGUUCUGCAAGGUCGAAAGGAACGGAGAAGAAUGAGCAUCCUGGGCUCCAGACGGUUCUUGGGUGAUUACCUGGGUAUCAACGCCAGCAAGGGACCUGGAGCUCACAUCCGAAAGUCGAUCAACCUCUCUAGCAACGAAAAGGUCGUGUUUUCUUGCCGCGGAGAGAUACUGGAGACCAAGUUUGGUCGAUCCAGCAAGGCCAGCCCGAGAAUCAUCAUCGUCACCAACAGCAAAUAUUAUGUUGUUGCCCAGAUGCUUGUUCAGAACCAGCCCCAGAUUGUGGUAGAAAAGUCAUUUCCAUUGGGCGCCAUCAAGUUCAUUGGUGCCUCAACAGCCCGGGAUGACUGGUUCUCUCUGGGCGUUGGCUCCCAGCAAGAAGCGGAUCCUCUUCUCAACUGUGUUCUCAAGACCGAGAUGUUUACGCAGAUGAAGAGAGUGAUGCCUGCUGGCUUCAACCUCAAGAUUGCCGACACGAUCGAGUACGCCAAGAAGCCAGGAAAGAUGCAGCUGGUCAAGGUGCUCAAGGACGCACCCACCCAGGCUGACUUUUACAAGAGCGGCACUGUGCACACCUCGCAAGGAGAGCCUGCCAACUCUGUCUCGCGGCCGACGCCCAAGGGCAAGCCUGUCCCUCCCAAGCCAAUCACCAAGGGCAAGCUCAUCAGGCCCGGCGGACCAGGAGGCAGACCAUCGAGAGUCACCAACAACCGCAGACCUGUGCCUCGGCCAGGUGCUUCUGCUGCUGCCACUCCGGCGGCUACUCCCGCUGCUACUUCUAGACCGGUGCCGACACCACGGCCGGUACCAACACCUGCGGCCGCUCAAGCUGCGGUCAGUCUGCCUACCCAUACCCGCAACCAGUCCAACUCGUCUGCCACCCGCGCUCCGCCUCCUCCACCGCCUGCCCCGCCUGCUGCAAAGCCCAAGAUUAUGGCCAAGGUCCUGUACGACUUUGCCGGGACCAAGGAAAAUGAGAUGUCGAUCGUUACCGGGCAGCUCAUUGAGAUUGUGCAAAAGGAGAAUAAUGGCUGGUGGCUAGCAAAGACAGACGCGGGGCAAGCGUGGGUUCCCGCCGCUUAUGUCGAGGAGCAGGCACCUCCCCCCGUUGCGGCUCCCAGACCACCCCCUCCUCCCCCGGCUAGACCGGGCGCUCCUCAGCCUCCGGCGAAGAGACCGGUUGCUAGCAGGAAGCCGGUUGGAUUGCAGGCGAGGGAUAGCGGGAUGAGUCUGAAUGGAAGUGAAGGGGGGAGCAGCUCGGCGAGCAGGAGUAACACGCCGACUCCCAGUUUGGCCGGGGGGUUGGCGGAGGCGUUGUUGGCUAGGAAGCAGGCCAUGGCUAAGAAGGAUGAUGAUGAUGAUUGGUGAGAGAGGAGGAGAGGAGGGGUUUCGUAAUGUUUAUACACUUUUUGUUCUUUGUGGUUUUGGUGUGGGUAGCGAAAACUGUUUUCGUGGAGGUUGCUCGUGAAAGCAGGAGAAGAGGGUGAAUUUGAUUCAGAAUAGAAGACUUUUUUUCUAUACAGGCUUUUUUUUUUUUUUGUGAUCUGUCUAUUUACAACGUUGUACCUGUGUAUAUACCAUACCGUCCGCUAAUCUAACCCUUACGACGACGAAA